AUGGAGCAGGAGGAUGAGCCAAAGGCGAUGACGGCGCUGGACCGCGGCUCCACAGGCGCCGUUGGAGCAGUCCCUAGUUUCGUGGCCGAAAUUGAUAUUGCGGCAGAGGCAGGCUGGGUUGGGGGAGGACCAGCCGAAGGCGGAAUACUGGGCGAGCAUGUUGUUCAUGCAGAUCUGCUGGACAGAAAGUCAGUCAUUCUCGGAGCUUGA